UAUUAAACAUAAUAAUUUCAUUUGUUAAUUUUGUGAUCAUCAACGAUUUUAUUUUAUCUGGCAAAAAAAAAAUCGGACAUAAUGGUCAAAUAUCUCAUUAUCGGUAUUGCCACCAUGGCAUUUGCUGUGGUGAUAUAUGCUCAAAAUAGUUGCCAUCUACGUGAACUCGAUCUUUGUGUUGCAUCCGGUUUGGCAUCUGGCCAAAAUUUGCCUACAACAAUUGCCGAAAUUAAUAAACAAUGUCAAGGAUUAAAAGAAAUGAAUGAUUGUAUUGGAAAUUAUUCUCGCCGCUGUUCAACAAAAUCGAUGAGAGAAUUUUUACGUUCCAUUACAACACAAGGUGAUGUACAAUCAUGGCAUCAGAAUUUCUGUGAAAAAGAUAAUUCCGAUGAACGGCAACAAUAUUUAAAACAUGCAACAUGUUUAAAUCAAGCACAAAAAGAAGCCCGUACUUGUAUGCGUGAUUUGACCGUUGCAUUGGAUCGUGCCAUCAAUAAUGAUGUUGAGAAACGUAUACCGGAAAUGUGCUGUGCAGUACGUCGUAUGCGUAAAUGUAAUGAUGAUAUUGUUGAAAAUAAAUGCGGUAAAGAAGGUAAAAAAUAUAUGAAUCAAAUGGUACAAUCGAUUGCCGGCACACGAUUACCGGAGAUUGCAUGUCGUGAUUUUGAUCCAACAAGUAAAAAAUGUACAUCAAUAUUACCGGCACCUGGUACAAAACCAGGCAAUACACGUUCCAAUUCAGUGUUAUCACGAUUGUUGAAUACAUAUUCAGCAUUGUAAAACGAACAACCAAACAACCAAACACACACACACUGACACACACACACACACAUUGAAAAACAUGAUUCAUGUUUCAAAAAAACAAAUUAAUUCUGUUUCAGUUUAUGUUUUUGUUUCAAAAAAAAUUGAUUCUUUACAAAUGAACGUUACAACAAAUUCAACGCAACAGUAACAUCAUCAUAAUCAUAAUCAUCAUCAUCAGCAGCAGCAGCAAUUUUACAGAUUCUUUCCAUUGUUCAUCAUAUCAUCAUCAUCAUCAACACACACACACACACACACACACACACGAUAUAUUCGAUUUGAUUUGAUCAUAUCUUUCAUUCUCAUUUACUAUUUCACUAAUAUGUGCUCUAUCUAUUUGCGCGCGCUUAUGUUUUAAUUAUUAUUAUUAUUAUUAUGUUAAUUUGUCAUUAUGAAAUCUUCAUAUAAUUAAUUAUUCAUCAUUUUUUGAUUUAAUAAUUAAAAAUAUAAAAAUUAAAAAAAAA